AAGUGGUUGCCACGGGUCUCCGGAGCGCCGCGGGAGCUGAUGCCGCGGGCCGCUUCUCGUGCGGGGCCCCGGGCCCGUGGGGCCCGGGAGGAUGGGGACGAAGUCAGGAGCCCGGAGCUCGGGGCUGGGUCCCGCGACCUGCCGAGGGCUGAGGACACGGUUGGAGGCACAUCGGACUUGUCAUUUGAGGAGCUGUUGGAAUUGCAGAACCAAGUGGGAACCAAGGCAUACAAACAAUCGGUAGCUAGGAAGAGCACUGCGAAGCAAGGUUCUAGACAAUCUUCAUGUGUUGCAGAUAAGCACAAGCCUCUGGAAAUGUCAGCCAAGGUCCGAGUGCCAUACUUACGCCAGGUUGUCCCCAUCAGUAAGAAGGUGGCCCGAGACCCUCGCUUUGAUGAUCUGUCAGGGGAAUAUAAUGCUGAGGUGUUUGAUAAAACAUAUCAAUUCUUGGAUGAAAUUCGAGCCAAGGAGAAACAGCUGGUGAAAAAGCAGUUGAAGAGGCACCGUUCCGGGGAGCAGCAUGAGAAACUGCAGCAGCUGCUUCAGCGGAUGGAGCAACAAGAAAUGGCACAGCAGGAACGCAGGCGGGCGGCAGGCUUUCCACUUAGCCCAGAAGCAGAGGAGCGGCGCGCUCUGGCCCAGCAGGGCCAUCGGCCAUACUUCAUGAAGAAAUCUGAGCAGCGCCAAUUGGCCCUGGCUGAGAAGUUCAAGGAGCUGAAACGCAGCAAGAAGUUGGAGAGUUUCUUGAGUCGAAAGAGGCGUCGAAACGCAGGCAAAGACAAGAGAUAUCUCCCUUUGAGCAAAGAGUAAAAAGGAACUGUCCUCAGUUUGCACUGCCUAUGGGGACUGGGCUUCCUCUGUGGCUUUCUUCCUGUUUAAAGCCCCUGAACUAGCUUCGCUCAAAAGAGAGCUCUUGGCCGACUCCUAGGGCUGGAAGACAAGGGGGACAGCCUUCUGCCGCGCUCUGCUGCCAGUUUGGGUGUUGUUCAUGUCCUUGUGUCUGCCCAUUCUUGCCUCAAGUCAGUGAGGCUAGUACAAAAAGGAAAGGUCCCAGGGCUGGGCCUGUAGGAGCCAUUUCAUAAACUGUCUUUAUUAUUCA